AUGGCCUCACAACAGGUGACGAAGACGCCCUUCCAGAAGAUCCUGGACCCGACCAAGAUCGGAACGUGGAAUAUUGUGCGCCGUCCACCCGUCGAGAACCACAGCAUUAUCCAGGGCAAGCCGCGCGAGCAGAACUCCAAUGCCUUCAAGACGCAUCAGGCCAAGGAGGGAACUCGGUUACGAAAGGCCUUGAAGGCACUCACUCAUGGCAAGAACAUCUUUGCCUAUCACAAUAUUCGCACGAAUCAAGUCGUGUACUCUCUCACUCGGUAUUUGGAGAACAACACCACCCUGAAACAACUCCUCUACCACGGCAAAAAGACCGUCCCCGCCCGACUCCGCAAAGACAUGUGGGUCCCCUACUUCAGCGUGCACUUCAACGACAGCAAGAUCGGGCUACGAGCAUACCACCUCCUCCGGGAAUUCAGCAUGCAGCGACAACUCUCCCCACCCAAAGAAAUGAUCACCAUCACGGACGCCUGGAUCGACCAGAAACGUCCGCGCGACCCAAAGGGCGCCGAAGACUUCCUGGAGAAAUACAAGGAUAAGAUCGGACGGAUCAUGCCCAAGCACCACCGCAAGCGCGCCGUCAUGGAUCAAAAGGCCACUAGUGUGGCGGAUAUUGCGGCCGUGCUGAAGAUCCAGGAAGAGGAGGUGGCUAAUGGCUUUGCGGAUGGGAAGAGGGGUUACUUGACUCCUACUGCGCGGAAGAGGAGACGUGCUGCUCGCGCUAAGGAGGAGGCGGUUGCGAACGAGCAGGCGGCUAGAGUGGCUGGGUUGGAGCAGGCGUUGAGUAGUGAGGUUGUGGAGUAUAAGGUCCAGGAGACCAAGGAUACGUCUGGUGCGUUGGAGGAUAUGGGAGUUAAGAUCCUUUGGAGGGAUUUGCAUGAUGCUAGGUUUGCGGAGAACUGGCCUGAGAGGGUUAGACAUGGUGAGUUGGAAUUGUCUCGCGAUCAUGUCAUGCCUGGUCAGAAGGGUCUGCGUUCGGAGGUCCUGGCUGAGGGUGAGUUCCGUGAGAGGACGGAGCAGCAGCAGCAGCAGCAGGAGGUUGAGAAGAACUAA